AGAAGCAGGAACCCGGGGAAGAUGUAAGAGUGUGGAGGUCACGGAACGGAGAUCAAUCAGCGCCUGUCCAGUUGCCUUCGCUUAAUACCGACUGAUAGCAUGACUCGCUGUGGUUAGAUUUGCAGUGUUCCACGAUUUGCAUGCGGCUGAGAGCGCGCUGAAAAGCACUGGAGGGACGGCAGAAGUUUGGGCAGCACGGUUCUCUCAGUAGUGGAUGUGCGAGCCCAGCUCUCCCGCGUUGCGUCCCUACGCCAGUGAUGUGACCAUGGUGGGCGUCAGCAUCAAGCAGGAGGAGGAGGAGUCCAGCAGUCUGGGCGGAGCCUCCAGUGAGGGGCGGGAGCCCCAGCGCUCGUCUCCAGUCGACAAUUGGUCCUCGCCGCUGCCCGUCGAACGGGCGGAUGAGAAAGCCACACCCCCCAGCCGCCCUCCGACCACAGAGGGCUCACCACUCCGAGAGCAGGACCAGGGGGUGACCAGCAGCUUCAAGCAUCAGGACGCCCAGUCCAACGGCGGUGAAGCGAUGCCGACCAUAGAGAAGCUGUUAACCACCGACUGGAAGGAGAGGCUCCUGGAUAAAGGCUCACCGGGUGGCAGUGGUCUCCGAGGCACGCACGAGAGCCUAGCGGAGAAGGAGCUCCAGCUGCUGCUGAUGAUAAACCAGCUGUCGGGGCUGCGUGAGCAGCUGCUGGGCGCGCACUCGGAGCAGAGGAACAUGGCCGCCCUGCUGCUGGAGAAACAGCAGCAGCAGAUGGAGCUGGCCCGCCAGCAGCAGGAGCAGAUCGCCAAGCAGCAGCAGCAGCUGAUCCAGCAACAGCAUAAGAUCAACCUCCUGCAGCAGCAGAUACAGCAGGUGAACAUGCCCUACGUCAUGAUCCCUGCCUUCCAUCCCAGCGCCCAGCAAAUGUCCGUCACCUCUGAGGCCCAAAUGGGCCUACCCAUCCAACCCAUCCCCUGCAAGCCAGUGGAGUACCCCAUGCCUCUUCUCCCAAGCCCACACCCCGCGUCCAUGAAACGGUCCAGUGGCACAGCGUUUCGACAGGAGAGCAGCCAGCCUCUGAACCUGACGGCCAAGCCCAAGGGGCUGGACAUGGGGAAGACCCCCAGCCCCCAGGCCAUGGAGCUGGCCUCUGCACACCUGCAGGGCGGUUACAGGGCCCGAGAGCUCCCACCCAGCCCCCAACGCCUCAGCCUGAACUUCUUGGGAGAGGGGGACGUGGUGACACAGGCAAUCCAGGAGGCGCAGCAGCUGCUCAGGGGUCAGAGGGAGCGGGAGAGGGACGGCACGACCAGGCCGCACGUGCUGAAAGUCGCCCUCGGUGCCUGUUUCCAGGGCGAUUACAAGGAAGGGUCACGGGGUGGGCGUCUGACCCCGUCGGAGCGGCCCGAGGAACGACAGGUGCGGGACGACCUCAUGGGCAGUGACUCUGAAGGGACGAUGUCCAUGUCUGGCCUGGUGGGGAUGGGGGAGAGUCGGACGGCCCCCUCCGGACACAUCAAGCGGCCCAUGAACGCCUUCAUGGUGUGGGCCAAAGACGAGCGGCGCCGCAUUCUGCAGGCCUGCCCCGACAUGCACAACUCCAGCAUCAGCAAGAUCCUGGGCACGCGCUGGAAGUCCAUGUCCAACCAGGAGAAGCAGCCGUACUACGAGGAGCAGGCGCGGCUGAGCCGCCAGCACCUGGAGCGCUACCCCGACUACAAGUACAAGCCACGGCCCAAGCGCACCUGCAUCGUGGAGGGCCGGCGGCUGCGCGUGGGCGAGUACAAGGCCAUGAUGAAGAGCCGGCGGCAGGAGCAGCACCGCACCGCCUACUCCACCAGCCAGCUAGAGCCGGCGCUCCACUACCCGGCGGCGUCCAGCGACGCUCCGUACACCGGCACGCCCGUCUCCCUGGCGUCGCUGCCGCUCCACUCGGCCCUGCUGGAGCACUACCUGCCCCCCCGGAGCCUGGAGGCGGUGCAGGCGCAGGUGCAGGCCCAGGCCCAGGCGCAGGCCCAAGCGCAGGCCCAGGCCCAGGGCCGAGACGCCAUGGGCCUGGCGGACGCGGCGCAGCGGGACAGAGAGAGGGAGCGGGACAGAGAGAGGGAGAGGGAGAGGGAGCGGGAGAGAGAGCGGGAGAGAGAGCGGGAGCGGGCGCGAGAGGCCCAGAGGCAGCCCUACAGCGAGGGAGACGACAGCGACACGGGCGAGCGCAGCGAGGGAGAGCUGGUGGUGCUCACUGACUGAAACCGUCUGUGCGUGUGUGUGUCUGUGUGUGUCUGUGUGUGUCUGUGUGUGUC